GGGUGUACUUUUCCUAUGAUUAGCUCGCUAGCUAAUGUUAGGCAAGUCAUCUAGCAAAACUAGCAAUCGAUAACGAGGUCAGUCCUUUUUGGAGAGACUCUGUUCCACGCAUUUGUUGUGGACUUUUCUUUCCGCUCGCUAACAGCCCUUCAACAAGUGGUGAUGAAGAUGUCAAAGGAAGUAGAGCUGAUCGAGGACACAGAACCUGUGAAUACUCACUGGGUGGAGGAAUUGUUUCGUCCACACUUCAGUAUGGAGGAUGCGAUGAAGAGCAUAGCAGAAAUCACAAAGAAAACUCAUGUCAGUGAGACAGACCAUUCCCUCCCCGAAUGUUUGAAGACCUCAGAGGGCAAUGAAAUCUAUAAAAGAGUACUGCGAGAAAGGCAAAAAAGAGAGGAAAAACUACUGAUGCAGAAUCUGGCUAAGAGAGUGGCAACAGAGGGAACGCCAGGAGCAGCCAGUUCCACCAAAAGCCUGUCCAGAUGCACGAUACAGAUUCAGAACAAGCAACCUGCGGAAAGCGAUUGCAUCUGGAAUAAGCAGGAUCUGGCAUCACUGUGUGAAACAGUGAACACAAUAGAAAGGGAUCGGCGCAGGCUGAGGAUGCAGCUGGAACAGGCUCAAGCAGAGGUGCGCAUGGAGCGGCAGGAAAGGCAGCGGCUGCAAGGCCUGCUGGAGGAGUGUGAGCAGCAGCUGGUUCUCUCCAGACAGGAGGCAGCGCGCUGGGCGCUACAGCAGGAGGUUCAGCAGGCAGAGAGUCGAGGCAAGGACACACAGGUACAAGCCCUAGCAGUGGAGGCCAGGCAGAUGGCGGAGGAGACGGCACGCUGGAGGAUAGCCUCUACGAAAAGGAGAGAGGAAAUGAGGGACGCCCAGAGGAAACGUUCCAACCUGACGUGGGAGCUGAAGAGACUGAAGGAGCUUCACAAGGUGGAGGAAAAGAGGGUGGUGGAUGCAGCUCGUCUGGAAAAGGACGUAAUCCUGCAGAAGUUAACAUGGGAACUAGAGGAAACCAGGGCCAAGCUGGAAGCAGAGAGAGCAAGCCAUGCCCGCAGUCAGACUGCCCUUGAACUCCUACGCAAACACUUCACCAACUAAUCUGGAUGACAAAAGUAGAGUACGGUGCGGUCUGGUCUGGCUUCCCAUGUUGGCUGUACAAUUAUGGCAACAAUUAUUACCAAAAUGUGUCACAGCUGGUUUUAUUUGAGAAGUAUUCUAAUGCUGUCAGAGGAACUAAUCUGUCGAAUAUGUGUCGGUUAAUUACCAAACUUAAUAUUUUAAUGAGAGACAUUAGUAACACCUCCAUCCCAACAAGAGGUGUGAUCUGAAGAUGUUUUUGCCUAAACUCAUCUUAAUUAACAAAUGCUAAGAAUGUGAUUGGAAUUAUGUUUGAUUUGAAAUUAUUUAAAUCAUGUUUUAAAAGAAAGAAAUUGGUGAAGAACUAACCUUUGAGCAAUAUUGUAGAUAAUUCUGUUUUUAUAUUAUGAUGGGCGGGGAAAAAAAGAAGAGCAAAAACCAUCAUAAUUACUUCUUUAUUUUUAAUAUGCCUCCACACUUUAUGCUUUUAAAAUAAAUUUUAUGUACAUGUUUAUCCUCUCCCAGUUGGAAACAAAUAUUUGGAAAAAGAAAAAGAAAAA